CAUCCCGUCUAUCUGGACUGCUUCAUGGCGACUGAAGAAGGACGAUGAGAGUGCAGGUUGGAGAGUGGACGCAGCGAGCAUGGAGAAAAUACACGGUGUGGACGUGAGCUCGUUUGCCUCGUACAAAAGUCCCAAAGCACCUCGCGAUGUCAAGACCAGCGGCCCCGCACACCUCCCGCUCGAUGAGAAGCUGAAACCCCAGACCUCGCCGUACCUUCCCGGCGAGGUCGAGGUCGCUCCUGCCACGCCAGCGGAGUCUGUCCGAGACUCUACUGCGCACGCGACCAUCCCGACGUCGCCUCCCGCCACCUCGUCCUCGACCCCGCCGUCAGCCACGCCUCCGCCCACUGGCGGCAGCAGGUCGAGCAACAAACGGCCUGGUCUGCUCAGCCGCGCCAGUUCCGAGAAAUUGAACAGCGAUGGAAGGACGAUGCCCCGCCGGACGUCUUGGUUAAACAAGAUCAGCAGCAAUUUCUCGUCCUCGCCCAGCGCCUCUGCCGGCGCGGUGCCGCCUGUGUCCGCGGCUGCAGCGACUGCAGCUGCUGCAAAUGGAGCCACCCCAGUGUUCUCGAGCGGCGCAGGGACUGCUGCGCCUGCGAGUGCGGAAAAAGCAGAACCACAUAUUCCCCUUCGGCCGAAAGAGUCGUCCAAUUUCUUCUCCAACCUCACGCGCAAACUUUCGGCUGGACAGGGCGCUGCGGUGCCCCGCGUGCAGGGCAAGGGCGGCAUGUGCCAGCGGCGCAUCCUCAAUGUAGACCCCAACCGCGAAAGAUGUCUGAUGCCGGAGAUGGAUGCUAGCCGGCUGCGCAAAGUAUCUUUUUGUGUGGAUGUGGAGAUCGCGGGAGGACCCAAGUACAGAGAUGACGAAGACGAUGACGACGAUGAUGAGCGCAAGCAAAAGAAGAAGGACGUCAAGUUGAAAGAACGUGCAGAGGGAGAAGCGCUCAAGCAUCCUCAAGCGAUCAAGCAAGAUGCCGAGGACAAGGCAAACUCUGAGCUCGGGGACAAGAGCAAGCCUCUGCCGAUUUCCCAUCAGCAUGGCAACGAUGCAGCUAGCAUGCUGUCUGGUGGCAGUGCCAGUCCUCCCGUGGGCAGCAUUGACGAAAAAGAUGCUAUGAGCAGGAAAAAGGAAAAGAAGAAGAGGUCGGAAGAGGAGCGUAAGGAACGCAAGGAGAAGAGGCGUCGACGGGCAGAGGAGAAUGGAUCCAUACCUGUAGAGCUAUCGAUGGACACUGAUUUGUCCUCCUCGCCGCCAGAUCGCGCGCCUCUACCGACUGUAGCCCCCGCCCCUCCCAUUGACGCUACGAAACGGGACAGACCUACGACGGAUCCCGUUCGCAUUUACAGACGGUGCUGCCAGCUUCGAGAAACCCCGAUCCUGAAGCGUAUCACGGAACAAUUGAUGUCCCCAACAUGCUGCGUGCCGCUGGAGCCUGGUCUUGUGCACUGUCUCGACCUUACCGGCUCACGCCUACAACUCGCCGAUAUGAUCACGCUCGGCGACUGGCUUGCGGUUGUCCCUGUCAAGAAGCUGCUGCUGGAAGAUGCCGACCUUAAUGACGAAGGCCUUCGUUGCAUCCUUGCAGGGCUCCUCGCAGCAACGAGGCCACAGCCUACCAGACGGAGAAGUCCAACACCAAAACACAGGCAAGGCGUGCAAGUGCGCCAUCAAGAGGAGCGAAGUGGCAUCAUAGAGAAGCUCACCCUCAAGAACAACCCGCGUAUCACACAAAUCGGCUGGAAACACAUCAGUCUCUUUCUGUACAUGUGCAAGUCUAUCAAGGCAAUAGAUCUCUCUAUGAUGCAAUUCCCUGCCACAAUCCCAUCGAGUGCACAUGGAACUCCCCUGAAACCCCUGCAGAAUGGAUCCAAGGAUUCUGGAGCUGAUGCAGACGCUGGCGAGAUGAUGCUCAAGUGCCUAAGUCAACGAUUGGGUGGCGACAGACUUGAAGAGCUCAUUAUGUCGGAAUGCGGUUUGAGUGCACCACAGAUCAGAAAGAUUGUAGACGGUGCGAUCAUUUGCGGCAUCAAUAGACUGGGGUUUGCAGGCAAUAAUCUCGACGACGAGGGACUGGAGCACACUCUACAUUGGCUGAGAUCUGGGGUAUGCGGCGGUCUCGACCUCGGUGGCAAUGACCUUCGAGAUAAACUUCACCUAAUUGCAGAUGCGCUCAGCGCCAGAGAUGGCACGCCUUGCUGGGGCUUGAGCUUCGCAGGCUGCAAUCUUGACACGGCAUCGGUCAAAGUGCUGUUCCCAGCACUAAUCAAGCUACCUAGCUUUAGAUUCAUUGACCUGAGUCACAACCCUGAUCUUUGUGGACAAGACAAUGGGACAAUCUCUCUGCUCAGGCGAUACAUUGGCCAGCUGCAGUACAUGAAGCGCAUCCACCUCGCAGAUGUGGGUAUGAGCUCCAAGCAGGCCAUUGCCCUUGCAGAUGUCUUGCCCGAGGGGCCGCAACUUGCUCACAUCAACAUCUUGGAAAAUCCUCAGCUGUCGGCUUUAGCAAGUGCCAGAGACGAGGCCAGCCAAGAGGAGGCAUGCGCCUUGUAUGCGAGCUACAUGGCCGCAGUUCGCGUGUCUAACACGCUGAUUUGCAUUGACAUUGAUGUACCUUCUGCAGAUAACAGUGAGGUUGUCAAAGCUCUGGCGAAGCAGGUAGUUGCUUAUUCCCUGCGCAAUAUGGAGCGUUUUGCGAUUGCAGAGGCUACUGGAACUCACACGCUGGACACUGCAGAUGCAGCCGCGUCUCUAGCAUUGCCUCACGGCGGCGAAAGGCAAGUUAAAGAGAUCACAGUGCCUGAUGUGCUGAUGCACCUCAUUGGUCAUGUUGAGGGCAACUCGGAAAACCAUGACGAUGACGCUCCCGGUCCCGAUGGAGAUUAUAUUGUUGGUGGCGCUGGUGUUGUCAGGGCUCUGCAAUAUGUUCUUGGUGAGAAAGCCGACGACAUUCGACGCAGCAGCAUACCAGACUCUCUUUCUGGUUCCAGGACUCCAAGUCAGCAGCCUGGUUCAUCCAACGGCCUUCUUGGAGGAGAGGAGGAGCAGCGUGGCAAGGCGAAGAAGAUGAGCAAGAAUCUUCUAGACAGCGCUCGUAAGAUCCGUGCUCGCCUCUCGCCGGCAUUGGCCAAGGAGGCUGCCAAUGGUGAUGAAAUGGCGUACAGACGGCUCGCUUUCCUGGAUCAGACUUUGCAGAGCAUGAUCCAAAGAUUCGAGGAAGAAUACCCAGAGACACGAAUCACGCCGCCCUCGCCAGCGGCGACGUCAACGACUUCGUCCAAUGAUGCACCAGUUGUGCCCCUGAUCAAGGCCAGUGAGGCGAAUGGCAAACUGACCGAUGACGAAGAUGAGCUCGACGAAGAUGAGUUCGCGGCUUUCCGACCACGUGUUUCUCGGCACAAUAGCGAUGUUUCGCUGGCCGCGCGUGCUCUGGGCAUGGAAGAGGGCCAUCUGCAUCGCCUCGGGCAGCGUAUGCGUCGUUCGGUGGUCGAUUCACCUGCCACGCCGGCCGCGCUCGACGAGGGGACUCCUCUUUGGAGCAAAGAGGAAGAGGAGGCUCGUCUCCGAGGUCUCCAGGGCAAGCUAGAAGCCAUCAGCGGGCCCGAAUUGAAAUGUUUAGUUGAGCAUGAUGGAUGGGAUUCUGCCCUUCGCAAAGUAGGCGCCAAUAUGUCUGAUUUGCGUUGGCUACAAGAGCUAGAUCCCCGGGCAUGGGAAGAAUUUAAAGAGUCGCAGAUGAAGGCCAGGAUGAAUCUAGCACAAGACGCCAGGACGUAAUGACACUGCAUGUGUGCAGUAGAGGAAAUUUCAUGACACGUUCCAGAACGUGCGCAGAUGCUCAGCACUGGCUGGCACCCAGCAAAAAGACGAGCUCCAAAGAUUCCGAGCAUCAGGGUUCACGAUUUUGUCCGACGCGUGCGUUAGCAUCAACACGCUCGAAUUGUCGGGGUACGCCAAACGAUGAUUGUGAUCAUUGAAGGUUUGCAUCGUUUUUCGCAUUUCGUAGCACUAUGCUAAUGUGCCAAUCAUAACGCCGUGCAUGUCCUGUCGCAUGAAUGCGCUAACCCAUGACAAUGCACACCUCCAGCAGAUGGGAACAAGCUCGAACCACAGAGCAUUUACAGCUCCUGGGCAAGGGUCUUGAUCUUCUCCUGCACGCGUUGGCGACGCUCCUCGUGUGUGAGCUUCUUGAGCUUGUACUUUUGUGACUCGGCCUUCCACUCCUCCUUGGUCUUCUUCUCGCCCGCAUCCUCGUCUUUCUUCCAUGGGUCCUCACGAAUGGCCUUGUGAGCUUCCUGGUACAGCUCCUCGAGACCAUCCGCCUCAAUCUCGUCAUCAAUGUAGCCAGAGAACUGCGACUUGUAGCGCUCCUCAUCGUCGUCGGCAAGAGUCUCCAUGUACUCGGCAACGUGACCAGCGAAGAUGUACUUGCGCAGAGUCUCCGCGUCCAGCUCCUUAGUCUCAAUGUCGUAACCUGGGAAACGCUUCUCAGAGUGAGGAACGUAGAGACCGCCGUCAGAGGCACCCUUCAUGGCGCCAAAGACACGAGCACCGGUGCUGGUGCGGGUGAGACCGACGUCGAGGAAGACCUUGAAUGGGCGGCGGGUCUCGCCAUCAACCUCCUCUGGCUGGGUUUCGGUGAACUCGCCAUCAGCCUCCUCAACGCCGGUGAAGGUGUCCUCGAGCUCGAGCUUGUUGAGGGCGCGACGGGCGAUGAGCAGACCGACACAGUAGGCAGCGGCCCAGUUGGUGAGACCGUGGGUGACGCCGUAGCGCUUCAGCUCGUGGCCGUAGGCAGCGACAAAGACCUUGUCGCCGGUGAGCUCAGAGGUGACGAUCUGGGCGAUGAUGUCCCGGUUGGUGAAGCGGACGACCAGGCGGUACUUUGGCGCAUUGUACUUGUUCUUGGCCUGGGUGAUGAGGCGCUUGCGAGCGUAGUAGUCGGUCUUACCAGAUCGGCGACGCUUGUACUUGACCUGGUAUCGGCUGAAGUAGGCGCUGUUCUUGACCAACUUGGUGAAAGGCAUCGUGUCGGUGGGUGGAGGGGAUGC